AUUUUAUACUGACAUUGAACGCCACAAAAGCUAAACCGCUGGCAGCUUAACAGGAACCAACGUCUUUGACAAAGUACACUUUGAGCUUUUUUUUUCUCUAAAUAGUCAUGUCUUUUAAAAGGGAAGGUGAUGACAGGAGUCAGUUAAAUAUCCUGAAGAAAAGGCGCGUUGCAGAUCUUCUGUCAAACUUUAUUCCAGAAGACGAAGCAACCCUUCUGAGCAAUGGAAGAUACACGUGUCUUGUGUGCUCCUUCCGGCCCGUGUUUGACACCGUGGACAUGCUGACAGUCCACAGGAAAGGGAAACGGCAUUUAGAAGGAUUAAAAUGGUUCUAUGGAAAGAAAGCCCAGCUGAAGCAUGAAAUAACAAAAAGAAAACAAGAACAGUUUGUCCAAGCUGAAGACGAGAGGCAGGAUGCAUCAAGUUCAGCUCCUUUACUGGCACAAACACGGUAUCUGACCCAUCAUGCUCUGCUGCGGACUGUGCCGUAUAACAGCUGCCAUCGCAGAAGCAGUACAAAAACUGAAAAAAGAUCAGCGAGCAGCGCUUUAGAACCUGGGGGUACCACUUGCAGCAGAACUCCACUUGAGCAUCUGGGCCCGCCUCAGAGAGGUGCAGAGUCAUACGAAGGUCCGAGUAGUUCUCGAAGCUGCAUCUCAGGAAAAGAGUCACACCCAUCAAAACCUAAAGGAGAGCUUCCCCCGGCAGCGAUCCCAGAACCUGAGCCCAUGACGGCCCAGAGGAGACGAGAGCUGGAGCAUUAUCUGAAACUGAAAAGUGACGGAUGGCGGCAGGACCUCAGCGGCCAGUGGGUUAAAGACCAGAACGUGGAGUUUGAUUCUGACGAGGAGGAGCCUCCUUCACUCGUCAACGUGCCUUAAAGUCACAAAGGUCCGGGUGCACCUCUCCAUUCUAAACGUGAAGACAUCCACCACUUUUCAAGAUGAUAAAUAAACUAGGGCUCUCAAAGUAAA